CGACUUUCUCACCACUCGCUGCAAAACACGCUUUUCCACCCACACUUUGCACUGGGCUGUCCUUUACUUGCACCGCCGCUCCCUCCAUGAGGGUUCAUGCCUUCGCCCCACUCGUGAGACGUGCACGUCUCUAAAACAACAUGGAUUCCUCCCCGCUCUCUGCUCCCGACUCUUUCAGGACUUCUGCAUCUUCCCCGUUCGAAGAGGAACUCAACCGACCUAAGUCGCCUUCUCUUGACGAUGCGCAAACAAUGCUGAGUGCAGAUGAAACAGAUGGUGACUCGGAGUGUGCGCCAGAUGAGAACGCGAGGAGCGCAGUCGAGUCGCCUCCAAGGGAGACAGCUCUCAGGAUCCAAAAGGGAAAGGAGAAAGCCAGAAAGGGUCCCUUGAGGCUUCUCGAUCUGCCUGUAGAUAUUCUGAAGGAAAUCAUUCAUCAGCUCCCUCACACCAAUGAUCUCACGUCGCUCGCCCUAUGUCACUCUGCACUCCACCGCCUCACCAUCCCCUGUAUCUACUCCCGCUUUGAUAUCGUUUGGCCGGAUGAGAGCACGCACACAGAGCCGAGAACGGGCGUAGAUGCACUCACCUACGGGCUCGCGACUCUGGUCAUGGGCGAAGACAACUUCCCUCACCAAAACCGGCUACGACAGCAGAACGCAUCCUCUCUUCUGCGGACGACCUCAAACAGGGCUGCCGACACACCGUAUCCGAUCACCCGCAGGCGAUUUGGGAACUACUACGCCCAGUUCACGAAGAAAUUCUCCCUGGGCAACGGACCUGCAGCAUGGGUACAGGAAUACAUGAUCACAAAGGAAGGCGGGAAGAUGCUGGGUACCCUGGUGGCCAUCGCAAUUGCCCGGAUGAUCAACCUCGAGACCUUCGUGUGGGAUAUGCCAACGGGCGUGCUUCGCGACGUCUGGUUGGCUCUGUCGAGCUUAGCGGACCGAACGGAUGGGGAGGAAUGCCGUCUUGAGCGUUUAUGGAUUCGGUGGCACGAUAACUCUCAACUAGAUUCGCCCAGCCCAGCACCGCCGCCACCGAUGAUUCUGAACAACAUCCCACCACCGACGAAUAACACCCAUCCCAGUGGAACAGGAGCAGUUCAAGCUCCGAUUGUGGUUCCCAGCCUGUAUGCAUCCACAAAUCCUCCUGCAAUAGACCGCGUUGAGCAUCCCACCUUUUCUGUCAUCCCUCCACUCAAGAGCUUGAGCGUUUUGGAUAUCGAUGAAUUGCCAUACUUAGACGAAAUGAGCAUUCUCAUUGCUCGGUCUCAGCGAAAGCUACGCGAGCUCAGGGUCGGCAUUGCUCCCCAUGCACAGCAACGGGACUGGGUCACGGCAUGGGAAGGUGAUGGGAUUCAACAAGUCGAUUACAGUACUACCUGGACGGCUGCGAGUUCUAUCGGCGAAAAGAGACUUGGCGGCAUCCUUGGAAUUCUCGUCGGGCGGGUCUACAACCUUCGGCAAAACGAGGACCCACUAAGCCGCAAUGCCAGUGAGGCAUUGGACCGUCACAUAAAUCCUGCACUGACGAAAGCUGGCGCUGCUGUUGCAGUAUCUUCUGUAUCCCUUUCCCCCCUUCACGACCGAGAGCCAGAGCACAAUGUUGACCAACCUGAGAGUGGCUUGGAUGGGCCGACAGUUCAAGAAGGUGUCAGCUUGCUAAACGAUGUCCCACCACCCACACCCGAUCAGAUCGUCCAGUCAGGUCCGAACCUGUCAGGUAUACCCCCAAGUCAUAACUCCGGGGUGCCUAUCCUUACUCAGAAUAACAAGGCCUCGACGGAUGAUGUGUUUAAUACCUCUAGGGAGCAACCCAAGGAAACUGCCGAGCCUAUUCUGAAUGGCCAGCUGAGGUUGGAUACCCUUGAACUGGAGCGCGUUCCUCUUUCGGUAACGGUCAUGUUGAAAGCCUUUGACUGGACUGUUCUGACUACUCUAACCCUCCUAAAUUGCAACAACCACGAGCAAUUGUGGAAAUCUCUUCGGCGGACUUACUCACCCCGUCCUCCAUACCUGGCUGGGUCGUCCGCCUCCGCAAGCAAAGCAUAUCGAGCUUCUUAUACUCUCCGGUCGGAAUAUAGCUUGAAUCUCAAGAAGAUCCACACCAACACAGUCUCUCCGUCCUUAAUUUCCUUCCUGAAGGAAACUCUUGCUCCCAACAGCCUGGAAGUGCUCUUCCUCCAGGAAGGGCGAUCGUAUUCGUCAACGGUGACCGUGGAUGCAAUAUACCGGGGACCGCUUCGGAGACAUCGAGGGAGUUUGAAAAAGUUGAUGAUCGACAGCAGCGAGAAAGGAUCAGAUGGUCAUCCGACCUCAAGUUCAAGAUGGAGGAGGUGGAUGCUGAACCGGGAAAUAAUCACAUUCAUAACAAGCGGCCGCAUGAACUCUUUGCGAGAGUUUGCAGCGUCCAUUGAUUACAGAGAUUGGCACUAUUUCCUUCAACGACUUCCACUGAUCCCUCAUAUCCGUUCCUUAUACAUUCCGUACAUUGCCGACCAUGCUCAUGGCAACAACAUUGAUCCUCGAGAGCUAGCUUUACAGAUUUUGGAUAUUGUGCAUCUUCGCCCUGAAAUCGAACUAUGUUACAUGGGCAUAUCUACGAAAUGCUUCGAGAUACUAGAGAACCGCGCUUCUAACUACGAUCUACGACAUGAAGAUGCGAAUGGAGGAGACGGUCCUGGUGACGGUAUGGGAGGUGCAUACGUCCCAAAUGAUCCCAUGAUGUCGGAUGACGGGUCUGAGACGACCGAGGACGAAGAGGACGAUGAUCUGGAUGGUGGUGUGGGUCCUGUAGGCGGUACUGAAGAUGUCGACUCCGAGAAUUCAGACGAUCCCCAUGACGAUUCGGAUGAAGAUGAGUCAUUCAUGGAUGACAGGAAAGGUCCGAAACUUCGCAUACGAGAAAUACUAUACUAUGAGGAACGGAUAAGCUGCUUCCGUGCACGACAUGGCAAACUGUAGCAGCAAUUUUGUGGGUCCACGGGCAGACACCUUAUCCCUCGCACCAUGCGAGUAGUGGACUAGGGACCCGACCAUUGAAGCAUUUGAGCACUUUCAGGAGCAAAUUGGCGUAUGUACGGCAUAUCACUGUAGGAUUCAGUGAGUUCUUAAUGACUGGGUUGGGUUUGAGCGAUUUCGGGGUUUGGGUGAGGUGAGGUGACCUGGCCUAGUGUCUGGCACCCACAUCUUCUGGAAAACAUUAUGUAGUCUUAGCUAUUAGUAGCAUACAAACCUCUUUG